GGUGAGCCGCCAUUUUCUCGGAGUUUUGCCGCUUUCGGGUUAUUUUUGUUUAUUCUUUUAUUGUCGCUGCUCCAGAUCACCGGCGGCGGAGGAGGUUAUUUUUGUUAAUUUAAUAACGACGGUCGGAAGGCGGUGGGGAGGAGAGCCUCCAGUGCCGCUGAGGGACGCGAGAUAUGUACAUUAAACAGGUGAUUAUCCAGGGUUUCCGCAGUUACAGGGAUCAAACAAUUGUUGAUCCUUUCAGCUCCAAGCAUAAUGUUAUAGUUGGCCGAAAUGGAUCUGGGAAAAGUAACUUUUUCUAUGCAAUUCAGUUUGUGCUUAGUGAUGAGUUCAGCCACCUUCGCCCAGAGCAGAGACUUGCUCUACUGCAUGAAGGAACAGGACCUCGUGUCAUUUCUGCAUUUGUUGAAAUUAUAUUUGACAAUUCAGACAAUAGGUUACCUAUUGACAAAGAAGAGGUUUCUCUCCGUCGUGUCAUUGGGGCAAAGAAGGAUCAGUAUUUUUUAGACAAGAAAAUGGUGACGAAAAAUGAUGUCAUGAAUCUUUUGGAAAGUGCUGGGUUUUCUAGAAGCAAUCCUUACUACAUUGUCAAGCAAGGAAAGAUUAAUCAAAUGGCAACAGCGCCAGACUCUCAGCGACUGAAACUUUUGCGAGAAGUUGCUGGUACCAGAGUUUAUGAUGAGCGAAAAGAGGAAAGCAUCAAUCUAAUGAAAGAAACAGAGGGAAAGAGGGAAAAGAUUAACGAAUUGUUGAAAUACAUUGAGGAACGUCUACAUACCCUGGAAGAUGAGAAGGAAGAAUUGGCACAGUACCAGAAAUGGGAUAAGAUGAGAAGAGCACUUGAGUAUACUAUCUAUAAUCAGGAACUGAAUGAAACUCGUGCCAAACUUGAUGAGGUGAGAGCGAAGAGUGAUUUUGAAUUACUACUGGCACAGGCCACCCAAGAAAGGACAGAUUUGUAUGCUAAACAAGGUCGAGGCAGUCAGUUUACGUCAAAAGAGGAAAGAGAUAAAUGGAUCAAGAAAGAGCUGAAAUCGCUUGAUCAAGCUAUUAAUGAUAAAAAACGACAAAUUGCUGCAAUUACCAAGGACCUUGAGGAUACAGAAGCCAAUAAAGAGAGAAACCUGGAACAAUACACUAAACUUGAUCAAGAUCUGGCCGAAGUAAAAGCACGAGUGGAGGAUCUUGACAAAAAAUAUUAUGAAGUAAAAAACAGGAAAGAUGAGCUGCAAAGUGAGAGGAAUUACCUAUGGCGGGAAGAAAACGCUGAACAGCAAGCGUUGGCAGCAAAACGAGAAGAAUUGGAAAAGAAACAGCAGCUUCUUCGAGGUGCAACAGGAAAGGCCAUUUUGAAUGGUAUUGAUAGCAUAAACAAAGUAUUGGAACACUUCGGUCGUAAAGGCAUCAACACACACGUAAUAAAUGGAUAUCACGGGAUUGUAAUGAAUAACUUUGAAUGUGAUCCAGCCUUUUACACUUGUGUUGAAGUCACUGCUGGAAACCGACUCUUCUAUCAUAUUGUGGAAUCUGAUGAAGUUAGUACAAAGAUUUUGAUGGAAUUUAAUAAGCAAAACUUUCCUGGCGAAGUCACUUUCCUUCCACUCAACAAAUUGGAUGUGCGAGACACAGCUUAUCCUGAAACCAAUGAUGCUAUUCCUAUGAUAAGCAAACUUAGAUAUAUACAGAGAUUUGAUAAAGCUUAUAAACAUGUGUUUGGAAAAACAUUAAUCUGUCGAAGUAUGGAGGUAUCCACUCAGCUAGCCAGAGCAUUUAAUAUGGAUUGCAUAACUUUGGAAGGUGACCAGGUUAGUCAUCGAGGUGCAUUAACUGGUGGCUAUUAUGACACUAGAAAAUCAAGACUCGAGCUUCAGAAGGAUGCACGAAAAGCAGAGGAAGAAUUAACUGAAUUAGAAGCAAAGCUGAAUGAAAAUCUCCGUCGAAACAUUGAGAAGAUUAAUAAUGAGAUUGACCAAUUAAUGAACCAAAUGCAGCAGAUUGAAACGCAACAGAGAAAGUUUAAAGCAUCACGAGACAGCAUUCUAUCAGAAAUGAAGAUGUUGAAAGAGAAGAGGCAACAGUCUGAGAAAACCUUCAUGCCUAAGCAACGGAGUUUGCAGAGUUUAGAGGCCAGUUUGCAUGCAAUGGAGUCAACACGGGAAUCCCUAAAAGCUGAGCUUGGUACAGACCUGCUCUCUCAGCUUAGCUUGGAUGAUCAAAAAAGAGUUGAUGCACUCAACGAUGAGAUCCGACAGCUCCAACAGGAUAACCGUCAGCUAUUAAAUGAACGAAUUAAGUUGGAAGGUAUAAUGACCAGAUUGGAGACUUACCUCAGUGAAAAUUUAAGAAAGCGCUUGGACCAGGUUGAGCAGGAGUUAAAUGACCUGCGAGAAACUGAGGGCAAUACUGUUCUAAAUGCCACAACAUCUGAACUAGAGAACAUUAAUAAACGGGUGAGAGAGACUACAGCACGUGCAGAAGAACUGGACAGUUUGAUAGACAAAAUAGAAGCAGAAACCAAAGAUCGACAAAAAAGCAUGGAUCGGUGGAAAACAAUGGAGAAAGAUCACAUGGAAGCCAUCAACCAUGAUACCAAGGAGCUGGAGAAGAUGACAAACCGGCAGGGUAUGCUGCUGAAGAAAAAAGAGGAAUGCAUGAAGAAAAUCAGAGAAUUGGGCUCAUUGCCGCAAGAGGCUUUUGAAAAAUACCAAACGCUGAGUCUUAAACAGCUGUUCCGAAAGUUGGAACAAUGUAAUCAGGAGUUGAAGAAGUACAGCCAUGUCAACAAGAAAGCCCUGGACCAGUUUGUGAAUUUCUCUGAACAGAAGGAGAAACUUAUGAAACGUCAGGAAGAGCUUGAUCGUGGCCACAAAUCUAUUAUGGAACUUAUGAACGUACUGGAGUUGAGAAAGUAUGAAGCCAUACAGCUUACCUUCAAGCAGGUGUCUAAGAAUUUCAGUGAAGUAUUCACAAAGUUAGUUCCUGGUGGUAAAGCAUCACUGGUUAUGAAGAAAGGUGAUGUGGAAGGAAGCCAGUCACAGGACGAAGGUGAAGGUAGUGCAUCUCAGAGUAGUGUCCCAUCUGUUGACCAAUUCACAGGAGUUGGAAUUCGGGUGUCUUUUACAGGGAAACAAGGUGAAAUGAGAGAAAUGCAGCAGCUUUCUGGGGGUCAGAAAUCCCUCGUGGCACUUGCUUUAAUCUUUGCAAUUCAAAAAUGUGACCCAGCUCCCUUUUAUCUCUUCGAUGAAAUUGACCAGGCCCUGGAUGCUCAGCACAGAAAAGCUGUUUCAGACAUGAUUUCUGAACUCUCAGCACAUGCCCAGUUCAUUACCACUACAUUCAGGCCAGAAUUGCUUGAAUCAGCAGACAAGUUUUAUGGAGUGAAGUUCAGGAACAAGGUCAGUCACAUUGAUGUGAUCACAGCCGAACAAGCAAAAGAUUUUGUGGAAGAUGAUACUACACAUGGAUAAAAAUGGGAGACCCUGACUUCCAGUUGAUUGAUCUUAAGUUGUAUACUUUUUAUCUGCAGGUGUGAAUUAUACAAGUAGUCCACAUAUUCAUCACCCUAAACUCUAGGUGGUGACUGCAUUUUAAUAUGGUCAACUUUGGAGCUAUUCUUAAUCCUAUCUCUCUGAGGAUAAACUGAGAAUUUAGUUCCAGAGUCCUUGGCAUUUAGGAAGUGACCAGUGUAGAUAUUUUUUUCCCAGUAUAUUGUGCUUCUGUUAUAUCUUUACUGGAAUGCAUUUUUUGAAAAAAGUCUGCUUCGGAUAUCUUUCUCACAUAAUUGAACUCUGCUCAUGGUUUUGUAAAGUUUCUAGUUGCAGUUUUUAUGCUCUUUGAAAUUACCAUUACAAUAAAUGGACCUUCUUUAUGUAAUUUUAUCAUUUCCACUGUUACGUUUCAUUCUUUUAAAGAGUUGCAAUAAAAUGUUAGA